ACUUCGCCCACUGACGACAUCUUCACCACUUGCCCAACAUGGCUUCCAAACCGGUGACGCUGCAGGUCAAGCCCAGAGGCAAGCGAAUUCCCAAGCUGCCCAAGGAAACGAGCAUCUACGUGCAGGGCAGCACGAGUGACUUGUAUCACCGCAUCGCGGCCGAAGCCAAGUUCGACAUCAAUCGUCUUCGCAUCACCAAGGAAGAUGGUACCUUUGUGCCCAAUGAGAAGGGCAAGACCGUCGACAGCUUUGGCCUGAAAGAUGGCAGUGUCGUGCAGGUCAAAGAUUUGGGCCUCCAAAUUGCAUGGCGCACCGUCUUCAUCAUCGAAUACCUCGGGCCCCUCCUCAUACAUCCCAUAUUCUACUUCCUCCGCCCUCAGAUCUACUCCAGCGCACCAUCCGAACCUUCGUCCCUUCAGACUCUCUCCGUAGCCCUCAUCUCCCUCCACUUCCUCAAACGCGAAAUCGAAACCUUCGUGGUGCACCGCUUCAGCAAUGCCACCAUGCCCGCCCUCAACAUCUUCAAAAACUCCGCCCACUACUGGAUCCUCGCUGGAGUCUUGAUCGCCUACUUCAUCUACUCUCCCACUCACCCCACAGCAGGAGAGCUAAAUCCUUUGAUCGACUAUCCGGCUCUUGCAGGAUACGUCAUUGGCGAGCUAGGCAAUCUCAACACGCAUCUUGUGCUCCGCAAUCUCCGAUCUCCAGGUGGUACAGAGCGGGGUGUCCCCAAAGGUCUGGGCUUUAAUUGGGUGACAUGUCCGAACUACAUGUUUGAGGCGCUGGCGUGGGCGAGUAUGUGCGUUAUCACAAGAUCGUGGACGACAGUCGUAUUCUCUGCUGUGGCCAUCGCAACAAUGGGCGCGUGGGCGAAGAAGAAGGAGAGGAGAUACAGGAAAGAAUUGGGAGCCAAGUACCAGAAGAAGAGGUUCGCCAUGAUUCCUGGGAUCAUCUGAAGAGAUAGGGUGCUGGAGGAGAUAUUGAGCGGAUCGUUUAUAUGUUCAAAAGUAAAUUUAAGCUACGCUAAAGAGUGUGUGGAGUAAGUGGAGGGCGAAGAUCGUGGGCAAACGGGACGAGAGUCCGGUUCCGGAAGGGUUCCAGCUGCUCGAGGAGCAACAGAAUAGUAAAAACGUCAAGAUCUUGAGGCGAUGCCACUCGAAAGCGAUGACCGAGACGCGCUCUACUCGCACGAGGAAAGAUCGUAAAAGUUCCAGCAGCACAAAUAAUGGCUCUGAGCUUAUGAGAUGCUUGGAGUCAUUACUCCAAGUAGUUACUGCUCUCGGUCCCAUUGCAAACACUACUCGUGGUCCGUUUGGACCUUUGUGAGCUCGGAAGCCGCCCUAGAAGCAGAGAUAUCAAACAAGGCCGUCAACAUCAUUACAGUCUACACAGAACACUGCUUACCCCUGGUACAUCCCCCUCACAGCGUAUACCUGAACCCCUCCAAGCCCUCAAUAAUUUCCUCUCCCC